AUGGUUAUGGUGUUUUUGACGGGAUUUGUGAAUGUGAAAAGCUUUAUGCAAUUAUUCCGACCAAUUUUAAUUUUUUGGUGUUUGGUGGAAAAGUCAGCAAAUCGAAAUGUGAUUUAUUCAAUCUUGGAUUUUGUUUGUGAAGAAUUUUUGGAAGAAGAAGUCACGAAUUCGCAAAGUGAAAAAGAUUUGAAAAAAGAGCGCAAGAAUAUGAUAACCAACAAUUUCGCGCAACUUUUGCAAUUUUGGCGAUUCCACGAUUUUGAAAAUCAACAAAUCUGGAAAAUGUGUGAAGAAUAUUGUGAUUUUCGAGAAGAAGAUGUUCGAAAUUGUAUAAGCAUAUUUCGAAAAGAUGUUGUUUAUCGAUUAAUUAUCGUGGGAAUCGAUGAUUUUUCACAAAAACAAUCGUCGAAAAUUAUGGAAAUUAUCAAGAAGACUUAUGAGAGUUUACAUCGGGGUGGAAGGCAAUUUUCGAUUGGGGCAAUUGUUGAAUAUCGAAGUGAGGGAUUGGAUUUGCUUGCGAUUUAUAGGUAUGGUUGGAGAGCUUCGAAGCACAAAAAUGUUCCAAAAUUUUGAAAAUUCGCGGUUUUUAGUGCCUAUAACUCAUGUUAGAGACAUUUUUAUCAAAGACUGAACGCAUGACGUUGUUUAGGAGGAACGAUUUACCAAAGUCAACAUUUUUGGUUGGUAAAUCGGUCUCUAACAUGAGUUUUGGCACAUUUUUGUGCUCCUCAGAGAGUCGCGCUGCAAAAACGGGAUAUUUUCAGAUCGUAUAUGACGCAAAAUCGAUAUUUUUACCAACUCAAGUCUCAGGCUUCACGCAGUUUUGCCAAACUCCUGCCCCAACUUUCCCAGCAAUUUUUCGACGAGAAUUGGUGGAGUAUUCUUCUGAUUCUUCGACACAUCUCCUCAAAUCAUGAAAGUGUUUGGAAAUUGUUUAUCGAGCGAUUGGAUUAUUCGAAUCUGCGAUUGUUUUUGUGGAGAAUUGUCGCCGAUAUUUCUCGAAUUCCAUCUCGAUGCUGCAUCAAGGAAAAGAUCAAUUUGACGAUUUGGAAUCGAUUGAAUUUCGCCGGGAAAUUGGAGAAUGAUUCGAUUUGUUUGAAGUAUUUUUGGAUUAUUCCGAAGAGUUGUGAAAGAGAUUUUGUGAAGUUGAGGAAAUUUGAGGAUUGUGAGUUUUUUUGCCGAUGUUUAGCUAACUUUCAUAUGAAAUCGAGAUUUUCCAAUUUUUUCCAGUGCUCCAACUUAUGUCAGAAUUCGAAAAAUAUCCCAUCACUUUGUACUUUGAAAACAUCCGCUUCUAUAUCGAACGUGGAAAUAUUUGGAAAUAUGAUCUUCCCAGAUUAGUCAACUCUUUGAUCUCAAUGAUUGUCAAAUGUGAAAAUGAAGAGCAGCAAAAAGAAGUUGGACAAAUCUUGAAAACUAUCCCGAUUUUGAGCUCGUGUCAGGUAACUUACAAUAAUUUAUUCUCAAAAUUUCAUCGCAAUUCUUGAUUUCUAGACGGACACUGAUUUCAUCCGCUGGGAUAUGAGUGCGGAAUUUUAUCAGAAUCCUGGUCAACGAACUCAAUGUCUACUCGACGAAUGUGUGCUUUUCAUUGAGAAGAUUUCAGUGGAUGCGGAUUUUUUGGAAUUUUCUGAUCGAACGCUGUGCGAAAUUGCGAGAUAUAUUGAUGUGAAUAAUUGUGAAGAGUAAGUAUUUUUUAAUUUUCAAUUAAAAAACAAUCUUCCAGCCCAAUGCGUAAAAUCACUGGCGAAAGUGUGAAGAUUUUCUACAGUCGAAUGAAUUGCACCGCAAAACCCGACCCUCAGAAUCUUGUCCAGCCGCAAUCGCUAACUUUUGAAUUGUGGUUGACUCGAAAAAUCAUUGCCAGUUGUAUUGUUGAAGAAGAUGAUCCACAAUUUGUGAGCUUUUUACCGAUUUCAAAUGUCAAAAAUGUUGGAUUUUUGACGAAAUUGGCUGGCAAAUUUUUGAUUCAUGCGAUUUGUAAGAAACGAGAGAAUGUGCUGCAGAAUGUGAGUUGGGAUUUGGGGCUGAUGAAGGGUCAGAAAAUGUUUUUGAAAAAUAUAAAAAAAAUUUAUUCAAUUUUUGAAACAGUAAACAUUUUGUGCUGGAUUUUUAAACGAUUUUGUUCCCCGAGUUUGUUUUUCUGAAGUCGGUCAAUUAAAAAAGAAUUAGAAAAUGUACAAGAUUUUGUAGUCAGAUUUUGAUACAUAUGAAUUUUAUUACAACACUCAUAAAAGAAUCAUAUUUUCAAAAAUAAAUUUAAAGUUAUUCAAUUUUUGAAACAGUAAAAUUUUUUUGAAUCAAAAUUUGACUGAAAACUCAUUUUUUCAAAUAUAAAUUAAAAUUUUUAGAAAUUUUGAAUUACAAUAUCAUUAAAAUAUCAUUUUUUUCAAAAAUAAAUUAAAGACACAAGAAACACUGGAAAAAAACAGAUUUCCCGCAUUUAUUUUCAAACGACGAAACCAGCAUGUGCGCUCUAGUGACACACUGUGUGCACACAUUUCGAAAUUUCCGUCGGCUGAGCGAUUUCAAAAACAAUUAUUUUAUUUUUUGACUUUUUGCUAGACUCAAAAUUUUUUUCCUGAUUUUCAUGAAUUUCGAUUACUUGAAAGGUGUUAUGAAAGAAUAACAAACUCAUUUUCUGUUCAUUUCUAGUGGAUUGUGUGUCUUUAAAUGUUAUUCAAUUUCUGAAACAGUAAAAUUUUUUGUUGGGUUUUUGUGUUUUUGCCCCUCAAAAUUUUUUUUGAGAUUCUCAUUGAAUUCGAACUAUUUUAAAAAUAUUCAGAAAAUGUGUAAAAUUUAAAUUCAAAUUUUUUCAAAUAUUAUUUAUAUAAAUAUAAAGCAAUAAUCAUGUAUCAUUUUUUCAAAAUUGAAUUAAGAAUUUUUUGAAUAUUAAGCAAUAAAACCAGGUCUCGGUUUAUCAAUUUUAUCCAUAGAAUUAACAAGGGAAGUGUAUAAGGUCCCGGAAUAAACUUUUGAUGAAACAUAUCGAAAUAUACCGAAUCGACCAUGCUGAUCACGAAUCCGAAGUCAAAAAUUGCCAGAAAUGCCUGUGAGCACUUUUCUGGAGCUCCAAAGUCAAAUUGAGUUUUGGUUUCUGGCCAUUUUCACCUUGUUCCUGGGUGAAAAAUCAACUUUCAUAUUUCAAAUAAGGUUGUUCAUCACAUUCGAAAACCUAUCAGCUUUUUUAGUUUUUCAAAAAAUAUGAAAAACCAGCUGAAAACUGCAAUUUAUAAAAAAGUCCUGAAAAUAAACACAAACACACACGUUUUUUGAAGUUUUUUGUGCAUUUUUUGAAAAUUACAGUUUUCAGCUCGUAUUUCAUAUUUUUAUUUUUGUAAGCUAUAUUUGACAAUCGCGAAAACCUCGAUUCAUCAAUUUUCCAGCAAAAAAAAUAAAAUAUUACUCAAUUUUUGAAACAGUAAAAAUUUUUGUUCCCAAAAAUUUCUCUCUAAAUUCGAAUUCACAACAAUUUUUCAACAAGAAAAAAAUUUAUUCAAUUUCUGAAACAGUAAAAUUUUGAGCUGGAUUUUCGUGUGUUUAUCCUCAAAUUGGUUUUUUUUCAGAUUCUGACUGAAUUCGAGCAAUGUCUCCAUAAUGCAAUUUCUCAAAGAACCACAAGAUUGGAAAGAAGAACAGCAACUUUCGUUUUCUACAUUUUUGAUUUUCUCUAUUUCUACUCGAAUCAAAAAUAUUUGCAAAAAUCCCAAAAAUCGGAAGUUGACGAAUUUUGCAAACGAAUCAUUAUGAAUACGAUAAAAGACGAACAUGGACAUGAUAUUCCGUUGAUUGUCAAAGUUGCCGAGAAAUUUGGAAUGGAAAAACGAGCGAUUUUAUGGAUGGAAAUGUUUAUGGAAUUGAAGAUGGAAAAUGCGAAAGGGGAAGAGAUCAAACAUGUUGAGACUUCUGCAUAUUUUGUGUUAAUGGUGAGAGAAUUUUUUGAAAAGUUCCAAAAAUUGUUUUCCAAUUAAAGUUCUGAAAUUCCAGGUUUUUGGUCUAAUAAUUUAAAAGUAAGGCGAUAACUGAAAUGUAAACAAUUCCAAAACGAAAAAAUUAUAUAAAAUUGAAACGUACAAUUUUGGGGUUUCAAAAACGUAAAUAUUUAAUUCUUCAGUCAAAUAAACAAACACUUUUUAACCCCCCUGAUUUUGCCACGUCAUAACUCACCUCAAAAAAUUGCAGAAUCUCUAUGCUCGAAUUGGCGGUUUGAAUGGUGUCACCGGAUCCUAUAAUCGUUUAUCCAAAAAUCAAGUAGAUCACAUUUUCGCCAAAAUUUUGUUGAAUGAAGCGCAUGGAAAAUUAUCGGAAGCCAAUGUUCUUUAUCGAUUUGUUGAGCAAAAACGAGCAUCGGAGCCGCUGGAAAUUGUGCAAAAUGCGUUGGAAAAUGUGAAAUAUGAUGAGGAAGAGGAAGAAGAAUGUAAGGAUUAUGAGAAUUGCUUGAAAUCGCUGACAAAAUGGGACAGUUUUGAGAAUAUUGAGACACCGCAGGUUUUUGAUAGGAAUUUGGAGAUGAAUGCGAGGAUUGCGAGAAUAUUCACAUCCGAAAACUCCCUGGAUCUUUUGGAAAAGGAAAAAUCGCGGACGAUUUUGAGAAUGACUGAAGAAGCUGCGAUUGGAGGAAAUUGUUCGUAUGAAACUGCGAUUCCGUAUAUUGUCGAGAUGAAAUGUUUUGAAGAAAUUGAACAGAUUCGAAAUGCGUCAAUGGAUGAAUUGAUGGAUGUUGAGGCGAAAUUUUGGAAUGGAUUAACGGUGAGCGAGAUAUUUGAAAAUGGGUGGUUUUGGUCUUUUGAUGGCUGAAAAUCUGGAAUAUUGAGCCAAAAUUUAUCAAACAUGACAUAUUUUGAUCCUAGGCCCAUAAAAAUUAUAGUGUAAAUGCGGAAAAGUUUUACCCAAAAAUCGAGAAACAGCGAUGCUCCGCAUUGACACCUGGUUCUGGCGUAAAAACUUGAAAUUUUCAGAUUUUGUGAAAAUAUUUGGACUUUUCAUUACAAUUUUUGAGUUGUGAGAAUUUUUUUGGAAAAAAUAUUUUCACUUGGAAUUUUUGGUAUCAAUUUUUUGCUGAAAAAAUCGUAGAAAUUUUGCCACGUGGAAGAAUUUUUCCAAUUUUAAAAAAUUCUAAUUAUUGAGAAUUUUUCAAAAAAUUAAUUAAUUAAAAUUUGAAAACUUCAUAUUUUGUACACACCUCGGCCGAAAUCGUGGUUUCCACAAUAAAAAAUUGUACGCUAACUUUUUACAGUACAAAUAUUGUGAAUUUUUCCCAAAGUUUUUGUCCUCUAAAAAUUGUGAUUUUUCAAUUUUUGACCAAAAAUUGUACUCUGGCCAGCCACGGCUUGGCCGAGGUGUGAUUUUGUAAAAAAAAAUCGAAAAAAUAAGAAAAUUUAGGACAUUUUUAAAAUUCCCUGUAAUUUUCUUAUCACCCCAAUCCUCUUUUUUUCCAGAAACAAACGGAAGAAAGUGAACAACACAGUGAAUAUCUCGAACCAAUUCUUCGAUGUCGUCGACUUGCAAUCAUCGAAAAAAUGCAUAAAAUGAGCGAAAAAGAGCGGGAGAAAUUGAAGACGAUAAUUGUGGAUACACAUUUGCAUUCGGCUAGAUUGUCAAGACUUCGCGGAUGUUUUGAGACUGCGCAAAUUUCGAUUCUUCAUGCCAAAGAAGUGCAACCAUUCAAUAAACGAAUUGUGUUGGAAGAGGCCAAAUUGCAAUUGCAAACGGUGAGAGAAUGCGGGCAUUUCGAAUUUUGAAUUUUUUGACUCAGAGCUCACAAAAAAACAAAAUAUUUUUUCACUGCUUCAAAUUUUCCAUAAAUUCAAAAGAUAUUUUUUCGAAACUAAUAGGCUGUGUUAUCCUUCAAUCCUAAAUUACUUAAUUUUUUUUGGAGAAGUUUUUCGCUGUUUCGAAAUUCCUUUAAAUUUUUGUUGUCAAAAAUUCACUGUUUCAAAUUUUCCGUAAAUUCAAAAGAUGUUUUUGAAACUAAUCAUCUUCUUUUAAUUUCUUAGACGAAAAAACUCAUUUGCAAAAUUUCACUGUUUCAAAAUAUUUGUAAAUUGUUUUUUGUUUUUGGAGUCAUUGAUUUAGAUUCUUCACGGAUCUUUAAACUUGUUUGGUGUUGGCUCGGAAUUUUGUGAGGAUUUUGAAGAAUCUUAAAUCAGCAUCAAAUUCUAAAUUUUUCAUCACCCGGGGAAAAACCGUUCCAAAAUUCGUUUAAAUUUAUACGGGUUUUUUGUUGAAAUUUCUGAUGUGAAAAAAUUCACUGUUUCAAAUGUUCCAUAAGUCCAAAAGAUGUUUUAAAGCUAGUUCUUUGUUUGUCAUAGAUUCAAAAAUAUUUUGCAAAAUUUCACUGUUUCAAAGAAUUUGUAAUUUUUUUUAUGUUUUUGGAGUCAUUGAUUCAGAUUCUUCACGGAUCCUUGAACUUAUUUGGUGUCAAAAAGCUCUGAAUUUGAAGAAUCUGAAAUCAGCAUCAAAUUAUGAAUCUUUAAUCAUCUGAGGGUUUUCAUUACAGUACCUCUAUAGAAAAAUUAUUUGGGGAAAGUUUUUGUCGUUUCAAAAUUAUAUUAAAUUUCUGUUGUCAAAAAAUUUCACUGUUUCAAAUUUUCCAUAAGUCCAAAAGAUGCUUUAAAGCUAAUUCUUUGUUUUUCGUAGAUUCAAAAAUAUUUUGCGAAAUUUCACUGUUUCAAAAUAUUUUUCAUCACUGUAUUCCAAAUAUUUCCUGGUAUCUGAAUAUAAAGAAUUUUUGACAUCCAACAAGCCUUUCAUAACCUACCUACAGUAACCCAAUUUUUUUUGCAGUCUGACGAUGAAGCUGGUAUGAUUCUACUGAAUAGUUUAUUGGCUACAACAUUCGGAGAACUUAGCAAACAUUUUGGAGAUUCUCAACAAUGCUCAAAUAUCGACCUCAAAAACACGGCAAAAAUGCAAAUCGAAAGUUUCCAAACUGAAGAAAAGAAUCUUUAUUCAUCAGUUCAAAUGCUUCGAAUAUCUCAUCUGAUUCGACUCGGAAAUACGAUAACUUUUGAGAAAAUCUACGAGGAAACGAAUAAUUUGCUGAGCUCAUUUGUAUCUUCUGGUGUUAUGUAUGAAGCUGCGUGGCUUUUGGAUUAUUUGAAUCAAUUUUCGGAGAAAUCCAAAACUUGUCUACCGCUGUUGAAAGCCUAUAAAGAGGUGGCGAAAUAUGAGAAGAAUCGAGUUUUGCAAGCGAGAGCUGUUGAAAGAAUGACAUCGUUGUGGUUGGAAUAUUCGAAGAAAUUGAGUCAAGUGAUUGCCAAAAAAACGACGGCCAAUGAUUUGCCAAAACGAAUGAGUGAUGUGAGUUUUUUCCAGGGAGAAGUUAUGACGUGGCAGAAAUUUAUUUUAAAAAGUUUUCAAAUUAUUGGUCUGCAAAAAUUCGAUCAUUUGAAAAUGUUUGAAACUUAUUUUUUCCUGUGAAAAAAAUUUAUUCUACAUUUUUGAUUUUAUACUCUGCAAAUCUGAAAAUUCAAAAAUUCAGGUUUCAAAUUCAAAUUUGAAAAUCCACGUGUCAAUUUUCGGCCGUAUCGUAUGUGAUAUUGAAAAUUAUUCUCAUCACUUUUUUCGUAUUAAAAUUUUGAAACAGUAAAUUUUUUCUCAAUCCAAAAUUUUUAUUUUUUGAUUUUUUCCGGUUCCUGGAAAUCAGAAAAUUCAAAAAUUUAGAUUUUUUUACAUUUUAAAAUCCACGUGGAUAAUUUUGGCGCGAAAAUUCAUUUUUUAAAAUUAGAGCUUUAGCGAUAUAAAGAGUCAGUAGCAAAAUUAUUCUCAUCACUUUUCUCAUAUCAAAAUUUUGAAACAGUAAAUUUUUUCUCAAUCCAAAAUUUUUAUUUUUUGUUCCUGGAAAUCAGAAAAUACAAAAAUGUAGAUUUUUUUACAUUUGAAAAUCCACGUGGCAAAUUUUGGCGACCGAAUUCAAGAAUUUCCCCCGUAUUGAAUGUGAUAGUGAAAAUUAUUCUCAUCACUUUUUUCAUAUUAAAAUUUUGAAACAGUAUAUUUUUUCUCAAUUUUUGUUCUUGUUCAAAUUUCAAAAAUUCAUUGUUUUGCAAUAAUAUUUGCCACGUGGAUUUUUUUCGCCUAAUUGUGAGAUCGAAAAACAAGUUUUCAAAGGCAGUUUGGAACGUGGAAUUUUCAGAAAUUUCAAAAUUCUAUAAAAUUGCAACAAUAAAAUAUUGCAGAUGAACCAUGAAAUGAAAAAUGCGAUGAGCACAGUCGGUUGGCGUGCCUUCUAUCCAGCCUACGCAAUUCUUGCCCGAAAAAUCGAUCACGAAGAUCAAGAUGUGUUUUUGACAAUGAAAAGAAUGAUGAUUCAAUUAAUAAUUCGACUUCCACAUCAAUGUAUGUGGCAAUCUGUGCAUAUUUUACGAUCUGAAGAUGCGAAAAAAAUUGAGAAAUACCGUGAAGUUCUGAAUGAUGUCAAAUUGAAACAUCGUGGAUACUCUCGAAUUUUUGAACAAUAUGAUUUUGCAUCGGCGACUUUCAAAAAUGUUCCGGAAAAAAUGCGAUCUUCAGAUAGCGAAUUGUCGAAAGUUGUGCCGGAUAUUAAAAUGAUGAUUCAUUCCAAAAAAUAUAAUCCAAAACAAUUGGAAAUUGAUCGAAGAGGUGAAGGUGAACAAGAAAUGAGUUGUGGAAUUAUGAUACCAAUUCGAAGUGAUAUUGAUUCGAGUGUAAUUGAACAAUCUGAAGAAAAUCCGGAAGAUUUGGAUUAUCGUUAUUUGAUUCAUGAUUAUAGUGAGAAGGUGAAAAUUCUGUCGUCAUUGACGAAACCAGUGAUAAUUGAAAUAAUGACAAUGGCUGGAAGGAAAAUUCGAUUGAUUUUGAAAAAAGAUGAUGAUUUGACGAAAGAUUAUCAUUUUACAAAGAUGGUUGAAAUGUGCAAUGAUUUGUUGGCGAAAGAUGAGGUUACCAGAAUUUCGAAUUUGUCGGCAACAACUUAUUCGGUUAUUCCGCUGGCGGUGAGAUUUUCAUAUAAAAACACGAAUUUUGAAGCAUAUUUUGCGCCUACAUUCAAAUAUUGAAAAAAACGUUGAUUUUUGAAAAAAAAAACGUGGAUGUUUUGCUCUAAAUUUGAAAUUUGAAAUUUGAAGUUUCAGAUGAAAAAAGGGCUGAUUCACGAACGAAAAAAAUGUUUAAAAAUGUUUUUUUAACAUCGAAAGAUCAAUUCACGAAAAGUCAAAAAAUGUCGAAAAAAGAUUGUAGGUCAAAAUUAGUUUUUCGAGUUUUUCAGCCAAAAAUGAUGACAAAUCGAUAUUUUUCAAGCUUCUGGAGUAAUUUCUGAUGAAAAUAAGCUUCGAGAACCCUAUUUUGCUUUAUUUUAUGAAUUUUUUUGAAAUUCAUCAGAAUUUAAAUUUUUUAUUUUACGAAAAAUCAGCAAAACCUUCUGGAAAGUGAAUUCCAUGGUUAAUUUUCAUCAGAAAUUACUCCAGAAGCUUAAAAAAUAUCGAUUUGUCAUCAUUUUUGGCUGAAAAACUCGAAAAACUAAUUUCACCUACAAUGUUUUUUCGAUAUUUUUUGACUUUUCGUGAAUUGAUCUUUCAAUGUUUAAAAAAACAUUUGAAAACAUUUUUUUCGUUCGUGAAUUUGAUUAAAAAACACGAAUUUUGAAGCUUAUUUUGCCACGUGGCUUUGGCUAAAAAUUUGAAGUUUUUGUCACGUUGAUUUUUCUCGCCCAAAUUUCCAAUUCAAAAUUAUGUGAUUUUUGCGCAAUAUUCGGAGAUCAAAAAUUAUUCCACGUGGAUUUUUAUUGUAUUUUGCAGAAAACUGGUGGUAUUAUCGAAUUUAUGGAUGGUUGUUCAACAUAUUUCGAAGCACUCGAAGAAUAUAUGAAUCUAAAAAGUGAACAAAUGAAUCAACACAUCCGAGAAAUGCGAAACAAAACAGGAAAAGAGGAAAAAUUGAGAUAUUUUCGAGAAGAUUGGUGUAAAGACACUCCGCUGGUAAUGGCAAAAUGGUUUCGAAUCCAAUAUCCGGAAGCUGGAAAAUGGUAUUCGUCGAGAAAGUUGUUCGCCAAAUCGUGUGCUGUCAUGUCGAUUAUCGGCUUCAUUUUUGGACUUGGUGAUCGACACACGAGAAAUGUUAUGAUUCAUUUGCCGACUGGAAAAUGUGUUCAUGUUGAUUUUGAUAUGGUUUUUAAUUUGGGCGAAUUUUUGGAUGUGCCGGAGGUGCGUGAAAAUUUGAAGUUUUAAAUUUUUGAAUUGGCUCCAAAAAACAACCACGUGGUUUGAAUUUUUUUGAAUUUCAAAAAUUGGCUCAAGUUUUGUAGAAAUUUCGAAUUGAGGGUCUGAAAUCCACGUGGCAUUUUUUGAAACAAAUUUUCAAAUGUUGUUUUUGGCCCCAAAAAUCCGAAAUUCGAAAAAUCAAUUUUUGUAGUUUGAAAAUCCACGUGGUUUCCUGAAUUGUUUGAACUUCAAAAAUUAGCGCCAGAAACUAGAUUUUGUAGAAAUUUUGAAUUUAGGGUCUGAAAUCCACGUGACAUGUUUGAAAAUUUCAAAUAGUAAAUCCACGUGGACAGACACCAAAUCCGAAAUUUGAAAAAUCAAUUUUUUGUAGUUUGAAAAUCCACGUGGUUUCCUCAAUUGUUUGAAUUUCUAAAAUUAGCGCCAGAAACCAGAUUUUGUAGAAAUUUCGAAUUGAGGGUCUGAAAUCCACGUGGCAUUUUUUGAAACAAAUUUUCAAAUGUUGUUUUUGGCCCCAAAAAAUCCGAAAUUUGAAAAAUCAAUUUUGGCUUUUUGAAAAACCACGUGGUUUUCUGAAUUGUUUGAACUUUUUUCUAGUUUCAAGUUUUUGAAUUUGAAAAUUUUGGCUUCAAAAAUUGUUGUGGCAUCAAAGAAUCGUAGUGAAAAUUUUCUGAUAAAAAAAUCCAGGUGGAAAAAAUACGAAAAAAUUCAUUUACAAAAUUUUGUCCCUAAAAAUCCAAAGAAAUUCCAAAAUUUAACCCACAAUUUCUGCAGGUUGUGCCAUUUCGUCUAACUCGAAAUAUGGUAAAUGGAAUGGGCGAAGUUGCCCUCGAAGGCGAAUUUCGAGUUGUCUGCGAACAAACGCUUCGAGUUUUCCGAGAAAAUGCAUACGAAAUCGAGAAAUACAUCAGCGAUUUGCCGGAUCUUGUUAGCAGCCCGAAAUUGAGUGCGGCAAUCGCGAAAAUUCAAAACGAAACGGGAAAUCGCGAUUUCAAGUAUGAUAUGAAACUGGCGAAACAAUUCAUCUCCGGACGACUUCGCGGACAAAUCAUGACAGCUCGAAUCUAUAAAAGCCACGCGGUUUCACAUCCAUUGAGUGCUGUACAAAUGUCGGCUUCUUUAAUUGAAUUGGCGAAAAAUGAGGAGAAAUUGGUGGAGAUGUUUCAUGGAUGGAUGCCUAAUGUUUGA